AUGGCUGCAAGUUGUGGUCAAGAAAAAAUACGAUGGGUUACCACAAUAAUUCUGAGUUCAUCUCUUCAGCAUCAUGACAUUUCAACAACCUUACAGAAUCAGCAACACCGGGUUCGUUAUUCAGAUUCAGUGGAAGAUGGAUCUAUUAUUUUCUCACUUUCUGGUGUUGCAUUUUUGCUUGCCGAUGCUCAAGACUUGUUACUUGCAAAUAGCAAAGUCAUUUUUGAAAGAAUAAAGAAGUUCAUGACCAUUCACAGAAAUGGAUUUUUACUUUUAUCAGCUGCCCUUCAUGGACAAAAAGAAUGGGAAAUGAUGUUCAGAGUUCAGCAGAGUUUUUUAGGCAGUAAUUUACGAAUAGUUCCAGUCCACAAUACUGCUGAAGCUAUUAAACUAAUGUUGACCAUAGCAAAGACUUCUUCAAAAUCCUAUCUGGACAACAUUCGCUACAGAAUGCUAACAGCAAAGGCACAGAUUAUAGAACAAAGCCCUGUCUGGAAAAUGCUUCAUCACAUCCAACUGCACUGAAGUUAAAUACCAUCCAAGGGUUUAUUCAAAAGUUUGACUAUGUUAUUUGCUCAUUGUUGUUUUAAAAAACAUAUCCAUAAAACGUCAGAACACCUGUUUGAAAAUACAUUUAUUAACAGAUAUGUUCAGAAUAAAAAUUCUCUGUAAUUGGAGAUUUAAUUUCCUGCAUAAAGAAAGGAAUAUUACUGUUAUAUAUUUCCCUUUCAAUAAUCAAAAGAAGUCAAGUAUAAACCAUGGCUUGUAUAUAAGGAUCCCAAUAACUUUUAAGUAAUAUUGGGGGAGAAUGGUCAUUAUUCAAAAGUACAGAAGAGCAGCUAAUAGACAUGAUUCUAACUUUAUAAUUUGACAUCACAAUAGUUGUUUACGUGCUUCUAUUUUUGCUUUUUGAAAAAUUCUUAUUUUGUAUUUUAGCAAUGUUCUUUCCUUGUUAUUUUUUCUUCCCUUUGUAUUACCUAAAGCGCUGUGGGGACUUUUAUCAUAGAGUUUGAAAUUUGGAUAAUAAGAAUCAUCGUUCUAAUACAUCUGUAUAAGCUUGUGACAGUUAGGAAUUAAAUUAUAAGCAGCUUUUGCCAAUCAAUUCACUAGUAGGAGCCUUAAUUCUAUGGGAUUAAAUUCAAACCAGCUGUUCUGUUAAUGGAAGAAGCCCUACUACUCACAGAACAAAUUACAAUCCAACAGAGGCUUGCUGCUAGAAGGGGAAGUGUUAAGAGAAAGCAAGCAACUUUUGCCAAUAUCUUCUUCCCCUUCCAUUCUGCUUCUCAGACUGCCCUGGAGGAUCCCACUAAUUCUCUGCAGCAGAUUUUCAUGGGAUUCAAGCA